UUACUCCACUGUCCUCAGUCUCCUGAUAUCAUAAUAAUAUGAUAAGCUAUGUAAUAAGCCCAUAACCUGUGAACAGUGAAGCCCAUGACACUACCACUGUCAGUGACACUCGUCUCCGUCUAGUAUAGUUUCAGUAGGCCUAUAUAGCUACUUCUUCAGUUGUUCCAGUAGUAGUUACUGAGCCACUUACUGACGUAUGUAAACGUGAUGAAUCCAGAUGGAAGGGAGGCAGUUAAAGAGAUCAUCUUGGCCGCGAAAGAAAAAAAAGGCAAGAUGACAGAGGUGUCGCUAACGAGCGACAUGCUUCCUCUUGGAAAUGGCAGCAACCAGCGACGGCAGAGUUACCAGAACGACAAUGGCAACCAUCUGGCGUCCAUCUUGCCCGUCCCCGGUUGCUGCCCCUUUGACGCGCGGCGAGAAGUUCGAUUCUGAAAGUCUUCCACUGGAACUUGUCGAGACGACUUCACAGCCCGUGCUCCACGAUGUACAGAUGGCGGUGGAGUUUCUCACCAAUGACGGUCGGUUCGAGUUGUACACGAUGCUGUAUCGACGCAUUCUCGUCAUCUGGUUCCUGAUUAGCGUCGUCAUACUCAUCGUCUUCUGCAGCGUAGGAAUCCGGGGCCUGGAGCUGUUCGGAGGAGUGAUCGUGUGGCUCAUAAUCCUCGCCGUGGGAGUCUUCCUCUGCAUGUACGCAAAGAGAAGGAUGGACUAUAACCUGAAUAAGGCAGUUGGUGCAGCGAAUCGGAUAUUGAUAAAGCACAAGCUAUUACUGUGCUUGGAGGACCUGGGAAGAAUCUCUUGCCACAAGUUAUCUCUACACUUUUUUUCAUAUGACAUCAGCGAAUGUGUGGUUACGAUAGCAAAUAAAUUAUUCGAUGAGGAACAAGAUCAGAAAGCAAAAGCAGCAUCGCGAGCAGCGGGGACAGCAAAGUUUGAAAAGCAGCCGGCGUCCAGCUACCAGAAUCUCGAGAUUAUCAACAGCGGCGAUGCACUCGCCAUCGGUGAGUCGUCCGUCGCCAUGGAACCGGACACGGAAGCGAUCAUCAGCGAGACGGACGACGUCGCCUCCAACCCUAAAUACAUGAUAAAGGCUGAGAAGGUGGCGUUGGACUACAGCCAGCGUUACCUGCGCGCGCUCGGCCGCGACCUGCUCAGCUUCCCGCCGCGCGACAUCGACCGGGUGCUCGCAACGUCAACGCUGCACAGCACCACCUGCUUCUGUCUCUGCCAGUACACGAACGAGCACUACUUCAAGUACAAGCCAGUACCGUGCAGUCGUGCAAACGUAGUUUUAGAGGAGCAGACGCCGUCUAGCCAGCCGCUGACCAGUGAGAUGGCGUCGUCGUGAAACGAGAGCAGCAAUUGCCAUGAGUAGACUAGCAGCGGCGACCAGCCGGGAGAAUUGUGCGUCCUAAGACAACGUCGCCCUCUGUCGGUGGAGUGCUAGCGAUUCCACCGUGUCCUGUUGGCCUCUAGGCUAGCGACCAUUCCUGUGAUACCACCGUCUGCCGCCGUUACGUCGCCGUUGUUACGACCGCACCCUGUCGACCGUUCCUGUGACGUCACUGCCCUCUGCGGGUGUGUCGCAAUACUGAUGCCACUGCAUCCUGUUGACUGUAUUGCUGUGAUGUGACUAUACCUUGUGGUGGUGGUGUGUUAUUAGACCUAUUCCUGUGAUAUCACUGCCAUCUGGUGGCACAUUGCAGAGGCCUUAUGACACGAUCGCACCCCGGAGGGUGUACUCUUCGUAGCAGUGCCCUCUGGUGGUCUGCUGCUGUCUCCUGACUGUGUUCACGUCACUGUCCCUUGCCGACUGUGCUAGUGAUAACAAUGUCAUCAGGUUGUGUGCUGUCCUUUUACGACAUUGCCUUUUACGCACCCUGGUGGCAAUGUACGACAUUGCUGCCCCUGGUGGCAAUGCACGACAUUGCUGGCCCCUGGUGGCAAUGUUUGGCAUUGUGGCCCCCUUGUGGCAAUGUUCGACAUUAUGGCCCCCUGGUGGCAAUGUACGACAUUGCUGCCCCCUGGUGGCAAUGUCAUGGAAUUUAUGAAAAUUUCUUAUUGCCAUUUAAAAACAAUUAUCACGGUGGCUGUAUGCACUUGCAGGGCUAGAUAAUUUCUGUGCCACAUGACAUUGCCUUAUAUGCAUUACAUUUAGAAGCCGAGUAGAAUGUAAUGGGCAAUCGAUGAGAUUAUGUCUAGGGUGUUAGUAAUUUUUCUUUUUAGUCAGUUUAUUUUUUUGGAGCUUUUGUCUAUUCUAGCUACUAUUCGAGCUAACAAUUGCAAACAUUGCUACUCGGGAGUGAUACACGGCUUUUGCGCGAUCGCAAGGUAGCGCUCCUUAGGGUAACAUGAACAUUAUCUCGGAAGAGCAAAAAGAAAAGACGUAGUUGUACCUCCUUGAAAUUCGAAAUACAGUUUUAGCAUCUGUUGUCUUUCACUAACCUUUAGGAUAACGCCCUCUAAAUGAACUUCCAAUAUUGAAUGUUGACUGUAUUUCACGAAUCUGAAUAUAUUCAGCAAUUAUGGGUAUUUUUGUAUUCCAGCUAGUACACUAGUGUAUUUUACUGGAAGUGUGAAAAAUCGUUAUAUUUUUGUGUAUCGUGCGCACUUCAGUGCCUUUCAGAAUGUCGGGUAAAUAUUUUAUCUGGUGUGUAUAUAUAUUUACAUAUCGUAAUGUCAGGGUCGCACAUGUACUACUGUCAAAUGUUGACAGACUGGUGGAGGCGAUUGCCAUGAGCCAAAUCGAUAUGAAAAAUCAUGUGGUGACAUGGUGCUAUUUAUAAUAAACAAACACGUUGCCGCGUGUAUGUUUGCAUGCACGUAUAAGCUACGCAUGCCAAGUGAGGCAAUGGAAUCGAAUCUCAGGAUAAUCACGAUUUUACACACUACGGUGUUUCGGUAACUGCAUUUCACGCCGGUGACGAUUCUCUCUACAGUUCAAGUUAAAGCUAGGUCGCGCUAGCGUCGUGUUCUACGAAUCUCAUCUGCCACCUGUAAUUUCUUUUUCGUACCCGUAUGAAAUUGUCGUUGUGGUACCUCAGUUGUACUUUACAAGGGUCAGAAGCGUAGCUAACCCAUUUUUCCUAGGGGGGGGGGCAAAGCCAUAUACAUGGUGUGUUCUGGGAAGGUGACCGCCGUUGACUAGGUAUUGUAUCGACUUUUUUCUGGGGGGCAGCUAGCCCCCCUGGCUAGCUAUGUCCCCGAGGAUGCUAUUUAAUUCCUAAGUUUGUGGGUGCCAAAGAGGAUCACCUGGUAUAUCCGUGUACCGUACACGUUAUGUUAUUGGAAUCAGUUAGAAAAAAUUGGUUUCGUUA